AUGUCAACAAAAUCCUACGAUUAUUUAAUAAAAUUGCUUCUUAUUGGAGACUCAGGAGUAGGUAAAUCAUGUCUUCUUUUACGGUUUUCCGAGGAUUCCUUCACGCCAUCUUUUAUCACAACGAUCGGGAUUGAUUUCAAGAUUCGCACCAUUGAACUUGAUGGUAAGCGCAUUAAACUACAAAUAUGGGACACGGCCGGCCAAGAACGAUUCCGCACAAUUACAACUGCAUAUUAUCGCGGAGCAAUGGGUAUUUUAUUAUUGUAUGAUGUUACAGACAAAAAGUCUUUUGACAACAUCCGAACAUGGUUCAGCAAUGUGGAACAGCAUGCCAGUGAAAAUGUGUACAAAAUUUUAGUUGGUAACAAGUGUGAUUGCGAGGAUCAAAGACAAGUUUCGUUUGAACAAGGAAAAGCUUUGGCUGAUGAACUUGGAGUAAGAUUUUUGGAAGCUAGUGCCAAGACAAAUGUCAAUGUGGAGGAAGCCUUCUUUACGCUUGCUCGUGAGAUUAAAAAGCAAAAGAUUGAUGCCGAGCAUGAAUUCAACAAUCAGGGGAACAACGUCGAUUUAGGAAACGACCACUCUGUGAAGCGUUGCUGUUAA